UUGUGUCUGUCCGCGACACGGCCGAGUUAAGACAAACCAGAGCGAGUCAACUCAACCCAGGAAGCGGAACUCAAACCUUCCAAUAAACCAAAAUCUAUAGACCUAAUUCACGUCCGUUUCGCCCCCCCUUUGCUGGGUUCUCCUUCUCCAUUUUGCCUUCAAUUCUUUCAUAAUCACGCAAUCGAUUUCCUUGUUUUCUAAAAAGAGUUCCCUCACAAACCCAAUUGCCUUUUUGGUUUUUACUUAAUUUUCUAAAUACCUAGUUCUUUGAGGCUUCAAUAUUAUUGUCCUUAUUUGGUUUUUAAAAAGCACCCUCUGAAGUCUUGAUUUGGUUUCUUUUCUCAUCUGGGGGUUAGGUUAAGUUUGCAAACUGGCUAUGGACUACGAGCCGUACGACAGCAGUGGAACGGAUGAUGAUCUUCCUCCAUCACAUCAAAAUAGGAUUCCAAGAGGUGGUGGCCGCAUGAAUGGAAAUGGGAGAUCUGCUGUCAUGGCAUCUGUACCCUACCAAAGGAUGUAUGGUGAAACUGACAUGGAGGCCCAAAUUCACCAGCUCGAGCAAGAAGCAUACAGUUCGGUUCUAAGAGCCUUUAAAGCUCAAGCUGAUGCCAUUACUUGGGAGAAAGAAAGUUUGAUAACGGAGUUAAGAAAAGAGUUAGGAUGGUCCAAUGAAGAACAUCGAGAACUUCUUGGUAGAGUUAAUGCUGAUGAUGUCAUCCGAAGAAUAAGGGAGUGGAGGCAGUCGGGGGCCCAUCAACCAGGUAUGCUUGGCACCGCUCAAGCUAUUCACGACCCAUUACCUAGUCCUUCUGUCUCAGCUUCACGGAAGAAACAGAAGAUAGUGCCAUCUUUACCGUCACAGUCCUUUGCUGGACCAUCUCCUACUUUUCACCCACCUGCUCUGGCUGCUGCAAGUCAGCCGUCUUCAUCCGCUGCCAAGAGAGGGCCUAUGAUGGGGCCUAAGGGCAAAAAGAGUAAAUCUGGCCAGAUGAUGCCUGGUGCAUCUUCAAUGAAAAUGCAGUACCCUUCCUCUGGUCCAUUUGGAAGAGGCCAACUAGGUAAUCGGGUCUCUGAACCUGCUGAAGCAGGAUCAUUUGAUCCAUUGAUUGGAAGGAAAGUGAGGACUAGAUGGCCUGAUGACAAUAAUUUUUAUGAGGCAGUCAUUACUGACUAUAACAAAGCUGAGGGUAGACAUGCUCUUGUUUAUGACAUUGGUACUACAAAUGAGACAUGGGAAUGGGUCAACCUUACAGAGAUUUCUCCAGAGGAUAUUCAGUGGGAAGGUGAAGACCCAGGAAUUUCUCGUCAUGGAAAUUAUGGUGGAUCAGGCCGUGGCAUGAAUAGGCCUGUUGGGCGUGAUAGCACUCCAGGUGCAGGCAGGGGAAGGGGGUUGAUUAAACCACAGUCCAGAAAAGGCUUUCCGCCAUCACAGAAUGGAGGAAAGAAGGGAUCUGAUGAUAUCCAGUUACUUCACACGGAAACACUGAUUAAGGAGGUGGAGAGGGUCUUUGGCGCCAGUCAUCCAGACCCUUUGGAGAUUGAGAAGGCAAAAAAAGUGCUAAGGGAGCAUGAGCAAGCACUUCUGGAGGCCAUCUCAAAGCUCGGAGAGAUCUCUGAUGGCGAGAGUGAUGAACAUUUUAUGCAAGCAAUGAAUCAGGAAUGACAGGGAUAACUGAGUGGUAUACAGAAGCUGUGGCAUGAGCCACCCACUGAAAUAACAGCUAAAGUGGAGCAAGAUACAUGUGCUCUAGAUGGUUGCCAAUGUGUUGAAACAACAGAAUGAUUUUAGGUGUGUUGUAUAAUGCCGUGUUCAAGGAAAGCUUUGCUAAAAUUAUAUCAUUGUAGUCUAGUCGUCUUCUUUUUAUUUUAUUGCUUAGGCCUAUUUAUAGCCGUAUUACUGUUUCCUGUAGUGGCAGGUUUAAUUUUCUUGUAAAAUUAGACGGUAGCAGUUUAAUGUGUGAUCAUGUAAAAAGGUUCUAUUGACAUACUGGUGCUGGAAUUGUGAAAAUGAACAGCUUAGUUAUUCUUUAGCCAUUCAUUUCAUUGCUGA